CUUGCUGGGAAAACUCGUCAACCCGCCAUCUUUCCUCAAAGCGAGUUAGGGCAAAACAAGCGGUGAUCUGAAGGGUUUUCCCCGAAAUAAACCCACCGGAGCGGCUCCACCUCAGCUGUCCGUGUGAAUAAGAAGCUUAAAGAGGAGCGGGCGGAGCGGAGGGCCUGACUCGGUUUAUCUAUCAACUGUAAAAUCCAGAAAUCCGCCGACAACAUGGGCCGCUCUCGCAGCCGCAGCUCAUCCCGAUCCAAGCACUCCAAAAGCAGCAAGCACAGCAAGAAGCGGAGCCGGUCCCGGUCGCGGUCCCGAGACAGGGAGCGCUCCAAGAAGCGCUCCAAGUCCCGAGAGGCGAAGAGGAACCGGCGCAGAGAGUCCCGGUCCCGAUCCCGGUCCACCACAGCGUCGUCCCGCAGAGAGAGAGCGGCGUCUCCGCCGGACCGCAUCGACAUCUUCGGCCGAACGUUGAGCAAGAGGAACGCGCUGGAUGAGAAGCAGAGAAAGGAGGAGGAGGAGAGGAAGGCGGAGAUGGAGCGGCAGAGGAAGAUCCGACAGCAGGAGAUCGAGGAGAAGCUGAUCGAGGAGGAGACGGCGCGGCGAGUCGAGGAGCUCGUGGCCAAACGUGUGGAGGAGGAGCUUGAGAAGCGGAAAGACGAGAUCGAGCGGGAGGUGCUGCGACGCGUCGAGGAGGCGAAGCGCAUCAUGGAGCGGCAACUGCUGGAGGAGCUGGAGCGGCAGCGGCAAGCCGAGCUGGCGGCACAGAAGGCCAGAGAGGAGGAAGAAAAAUCAAAGCGGGAGGAGUUGGAAAAAAUCCUGGAGGAGAAUAACCGCAAGAUCGCAGAGGCUCAGGCCAAACUGGCUGAGGAUCAGUUGCGUAUUGUGGAGGAGCAGAGAAAGAUCCACGAGGAGCGCAUGAAGCUGGAGCAGGACCGUCAGAGGCAGCAGAAGGAGGAGCAGAAAAUCAUCCUCGGCAAGGGCAAGUCCAGGCCCAAGCUCUCCUUCACCCUGAAGGCCACUGAAUGAGACUGCUCCCCCCUUCGUCCGCAGGUCACCCCCCCAUCCAGCUCCUCUUUCUCCUCCUCCUCAUCAUUCAGCCCCACUCCUCCUCCUCCUCUGUGGAACGCUCGCUUCGUUUUGGAAGUGCUGAAGGAAGGGGGGCGCAACCAGCGUGUUAACUCACUCCCUCCCGGCUUUGAACAGGAGGCAGCUCUUCGCCCUCGAAGGACCAUCCCCGCUCCUCCUCCUCACCCCGCUGCACAGAUGACUCUUGUGCUUUUUUUUUGUUUUAUUUUUUAGAAAACUUGAACUUUUUUUGAUGUAGACGCUCUAACGUGUCCCUCGCCCUGCCACCCGGUUAAGUCUUAACUCUUGUGCUCUUCUUACAGCCUGAAAGGCAGACCUGAUAGGCGUGUGACUGUCUAGCUCGGUUCGGCUCAUGUGCAGCAUGGGAGUCGGCCUGUGGGUUUCCUGUUUGCAGACUCUGUGGUUUACAAAUCACAGACUUUAAAAAAGCACAGCGAACUUCCCGUCCAGCUCGCCCUCCAUUUUAAAAUCCUGCUCCUCCGCUUCUGCUUCAGCUCCGCCUGCCGUGUGCAUUUUGGCUUUUUAAUGUUGUCCGAGAGGAUCAAAAAAAAAACCAGGUGAACCCACCGCCCGACUCCCAGUCUGCCCGCGAUCGAACCGCCGAAACCUCCUGCAGGAAACGGAGGAGAGAUGGCGUUUUCCUGUCUGAUGUAAUGUCAUGUGCCGCCUCUCCCUCCUCGCUCCGAGUUACAGAUAAAAAUGUUAGGAGACAAAAAGCCACAGUCCCUGUUCUGUCCCUCAGUCAGUGCUAGUAAAUUAACGGGCGAGGUAAGUGUUGAUUCGUAGAGGACUGAUUCGCACAAGUUCAGGUAAGGCGAGGAUUGAGGUCAGCCCGAGCGUGUGUGUGUGUGUAAAGAGUGUGUGUGUGUGUAAAGAGUGUGUGUGUGUGUAAAGAGUGUGUGUGUGUGUGUGUGUGUGGCUGACCUCAGGUGGGUAUGUAAAGACUUUUUGUUAUGUUGUGGCAUCUUGAAUUUGUCAUGUAACCCCCCCCCCUCCCGACUGUCAAGGGACUGAACAGAUCAAUAAAUCAUUGAAUGCCUACA